AUGAACCCUUUCUUCAACAAUCCUGUAUAUUCGGAAAACGGCCCAACACCCCCAAAUAUGCAGUCGGACUCAAGUUCACCCGACGAAAUGGAACGGUAUAUUAAUCUAUUCACAAUGGCUCAUUAUGCGAUUGAACAAGAUGUCCAUGAUACUGCCUCCUCUUCAAGAAAGUAUACACAGAGAGACGAUUGUAUUGACUCGCACAACCGUCUAUUUCGAGAUUACUUUGUCGAGGAACCGAAAUUUGAUGAGGGUUUUUUUAGACAACGGUUUCGGAUGAGUAGACGGUUGUUUGUGAAGAUAGCUUCAGAUUUGGAAAACAAUUUUCCAUUUUUUCAAAGGAGGAUCGACGCUCGUGGUAAAUGGGGGUUUUCGGUUUUACAGAGAUGCACAUCUACAGUUCGCCAAUUAGGAUACGGUAGUAAUCCCGACAGUUUAGAUGAUUACUUAAAUAUGUCGGAAAGAUCGUCACGUGACACCCUUAAUGCUUAUUGUGAUGGAGUCAUAAGGUUAUACCGGCAUGAAUAUUUGCAUAGGCCAACGCGUAAUGAUAUGCAAAUAUAUUUUCAACAUCACGAGCAUUAUCAUGGUUUUCCCGGCAUGUUAGGGAGUCUUGAUUGUACACACUGGGCUUGGGAUAAUUGUCCAGUGGCUUGGCGUGGCCAGUACAUGCGAGGUGACCAUCAUGGGCCGACUAUAUCGCUUGAAGCAGUGACGUCACAGGAUUGUUGGAUUUGGCACGCAUACUUUGGUGUUGCCGGUUCAAACAACGACAUUAAUGUGUUGAACCAAUCUCCUUUGUUCAAUGGCUUUGAAGACGGCACAACACCGUUGGUUCCUUUCACUGUAAAUGGAACCAAAUAUAAGUACCCGUAUUAUCUCGUGGAUGGAAUCUACCCAAAAUAUGCGAUGUUUGUGAAAACGAUUCCUCAUCCAACCGGUGAGGAAAGGAUUCGAUAUGCUAAGGCACAAGAGGCUGCAAGGAAGGAUGUGGAGCGAGCUUUUGGUAUCAUAAAAAAAAUGGAAAAUACUUAG